UUCCAAACAACUUCCAUUUAAUUUGAUAAGUUUGUUCCAACUUUAUUCCUUCUAUUUUCCAAUUAUUUUUUCUUGACUUUUUGAUCUUUCUUUCCAUACUAUAUAUUUUCAAUAAAACUACACUUUCUUCUCUCCACACAAAUUCAUUGUUCUUCAACCUAAGUAUCAACCAUGGGUGGUCAUAAUAAUAAGAUAGCCAUCAUGGUACUCAAUGUUAAUCUUCAGUGUUGUAGCUGUUACAAGAAGGUCAAAAAAAUUCUCUGUAAAUUCCCUCAAAUUAGAGACCAAAUAUAUGAUGAGAAGGGCAAUAAAGUCACAAUUACUGUGAUUUGUUGCAAUCCUGAAAAAGUACGUGACAAAUUGUGUAGUGAAGGAUGUGGAGUAAUCAAAAGCAUUGAAAUCAAAGAGCCUCCAAAGCCCAAACCUCCUAAGCCUAAACCGCACCCAGUUGCACCAGCACCAGUGCCAGUUCCAUUGCCAGUUCAAGAAUGCCCACCACCCCCAGUUGCACCAGCACCAGUGCCAGUUCAAGAAUGCCCACCACCCCCAGUUGCAGCACCACCAGUGCCAGUUCAAAAAUGCCCUCCGCCACCAUCAGAAUAUUGUUGUGGACAAUGUUACGAAGGCCAUACCGGGGGCCCAUGUUAUCAGUGGUACGGAAGACCGGUCCCGCCGCCCCCGUGUUACGGUAACUAUGGAUAUAUCUAUGGGCCUGGGCCUUAUUGCUAUAAUAGAGGGUGUUAUGUGAGCAGAUGUGAUCCAUAUCUAUGCAGUGAUGAAAAUGCCACAGGAUGCUCAAUUAUGUAAGGUGUGGCCCAAUGGGCCAUUAGCUUCUUGUUAUGGGUCAUUUUCUGGGCCCAUCAAUGUUGUUGUUGUUGUAUUGUUAUAGAUGUAAAACAAUGUAUAUAUCUCUUCCAUCCAACUUUGAAGGAGCUAACUUUUGAAUCUAUAUAAAAAGUUAGCUAUUGGAAGGAUAUCAAUGAUUUUAUGGUGCAUGAAUUGUAUAGAAAUUGGUGUAUCUAUUGUGUAGCAGCAGACAUGUUUCCUUCCCUUCAAUUUGUUAUCGGAAGCAGUUGUAUUUAUAUCCCACUUGUACGAUUACAGUGGGUAUAUUAUAUAUUGAGUUGGUUUGGUUGUUGUUAUUA